CGGGCUGUACGGACAGCAGCAGUGGGUCGGUCUCAGUCAGUUUGGCAGCAGCUGAGAAUGUGAGGGCUUCGACACACUCCGCUAUUUCCAGGACCGUGAACAGGCUCUCUCCCUCCACCGCUCCACCCGGGCGACCUGCGCUCUCCAGCCCGGGGAGGCUUCGCUUGUUCUGGGACCGCAUCAGAUGGUCACCCGGCUCACUGCGGGGCGACAGAGAGGGAACCAGCCGGGGCUCGAGCACCUCCAACCCGCUGCUGCUGCUGGAGAAUGCGGUGAAGUGUCAGUCGCUGAAUCCGUGAAAUCUUCGUGUUCCCCCCCUCGGUUAAAUGUGUCACCGCUCCGAAGCAGCUCACGCAGGAAACGACGAUGGAGUGAGAUCUGCGGCGGCGGCGAGCGACUCCCAACCUGCCGCGAUUAUCUCCCCUGCGCGUAAAUAAAUAAAUGAUAGAGGAUACGAUGACCCUGCUGUCCCUGCUAGGUCGGAUCAUGCGUUAUUUUCUGCUCAGACCGGAGACCCUGUUCCUGCUGUGCAUCAGCCUGGCUCUGUGGAGCUACUUCUUCCACACGGACGAGGUGAAGACCAUCGUCAAGUCCAGCCGGGACGCGGUCAAGAUGGUCAAGGGGAAAGUGGCGGAGAUGAUGCAGAACGAGCGCUUCGGCGGGCUGGACGUCCUGGACGCCGAGUUCUCCAAGACCUGGGAGUUCAAGAGCAACACCGCGGCCGUGUACUCCAUCCAGGGCCGGCGAGACCACAUGGAGGACCGGUUCGAGGUGCUCACCGACGUCGUCAACAAGAGCCACCCUUCUAUCUUUGGUGUUUUUGACGGCCACGGAGGAGAGGCUGCUGCUGACUUUGCCAAGGCCCACCUGUCCGAGGCUCUCCGCCAGCAGCUACUGACCUAUGAACGGGAGAAAGAGCGAGACAGAGAAAAAGAGAAAGAUGAAAAGAAAGAGAGGGGUGGCGUCUCCUAUCCCUCCAUCCUGGAAAAGCAGAUCCUGACGUUGGACAGAGAAAUACUGGAUAAGCUGUCGGCCACUUACAAUGAAGCAGGUACCACAUGUCUGGUGGCUCUGCUGUCCGAUAAGGAGCUGACCGUGGCCAAUGUUGGAGAUUCACGCGGAGUCCUUUGUGAUAAAAACGGCAAUGCCAUUCCUCUAUCGCACGACCACAAACCUUACCAGCUCAAAGAGCGCAAGAGGAUCAAGAAGGCUGGUGGUUUCAUCAGUUUCAACGGUUCGUGGCGCGUCCAGGGCAUCUUGGCCAUGUCCCGUUCUCUGGGCGACUACCCCCUGAAGAACCUCAACGUGGUCGUUGCCGAUCCUGACAUCAUGUCCUUCGACCUGAACAAGGUACAGCCGGAGUUCAUGAUCCUGGCGUCCGACGGCCUGUGGGACACCUUCAGCAACGAGGAGGCGGUCCGCUUCAUCAGGGAACGAUUGGACGAGCCUCACUUCGGCGCCAAGAGCAUCGUCCUCCAGUCCUUCUACCGUGGCUGCCCUGACAACAUCACCGUCAUGGUGGUAAAGUUUAAAAGCAAGGCCAGCGAGCAGUAGACCAUCCAUCUACCACAUGCAGUAUCAAUAUCUUGUUUGAAUAGGCUUAAGAGGAAAGAUUUACAAAGUGAGUCCACACUUUUUUGAGCAAGAACUAUAUCUCUAAAAGAUAUUUACAGAAGUUUGCCCAUCGACGCAUCAACCACGCCCCCCUACUUUACUUUUAAUGAGGUAAAAGUGACACAAGUAAGGAAAUGUCUUAUUUGGGCUCAGCCAUAUGUAUGAGACACCGUAAUGUGGGAUUAUUCACUGUCAUGCAAAUAAACAGAUUUAGCUGUGUGUGUGUGUGUGUGUGUGUGUGUGUGUGUGUGUGUGUGUGUGUGUGUGUGUGUGUGUGUGUGUGUGUGUGUGUGUGUGUGUGUGUGUGUGUGUGUGUGUGUGUGUGUGUGUGUGUCACAUAGACUACCUUUGGGGACAGAUUUCCGAUUAAAAACCAGUUGGGGAUGGCUGUGUCCACAAUUGGGGGAAAAAAGAUAAUAAUUGGGUCAAUUGUUACUAAACGGUUUGGGUAAGAGUUAGGGUUAUUCAGGUUUUGAUUAGUGUAAGUCACCGGGAAUUUAAUGUCUCUGUAAAGUCCCCAAAAUUUACUGUUUGUGUGCGUGUGUGUGUGUGUGUGUGUCUCACAUUAACCACCAGUUCAUUUAUUAGCCAAUAACAACAGAUUUAUAAGAUAGCAUGGAGUUCCACUUCCAUAUUAUUUCAAACGUGAUGCCUUUCACUCAACAUCGACGUGACCACUGAUUUAAUUUCAAUUUAAUUUUCCACAUCGUCUUAUUGUAUCUACGUCCACCGGGAGACUGCACUGAAAAUUCUGUUGUUCAACACGUUUCUUUUUUGUCCCUCAGUCAAACACACGUCACUGGUGCAAAACAUGAAUAUGAAUUACUUCCCUUUAUUCAUAAACAACACAAAUUAUUACAUGUCUGAUAGAACAGAUUACAUUGUUACAUCACAUUUGCUGAACGUGAGAUUUCUCGAUGUGAGAAUGAAGUGUUUUGUCUUGAAUGGCCCCGUUUUUACUUUUGAAUGUUGUUUUUUCACUUAAAAUAGCUACUAGUUUUUGAUUAUCAAUUAUUUUGAAAACUCUGAUCGGGAUCCUUGUAACGACUGAUAAUGUAGCAACUGUUUGAUAGUAACGCAGCUUGUCACAGUGUCAUUUUAAAUGGUUAUAAAAUCGAAUACAGUCUUUGGAAGUAAUACAUUUCCAGACCAUGUGGUGAUAUUGUAGUAACAUCGCACUGACAGCAAUAACACUGACUUUAAUUGUACAAACCUGUAAGAAAAAGAUGAAAUGUUGAGUUUUCACAGUAAAAAUUACUAAAUGAUCGAUAAUUUUACAUUUAAUUAUUGGCUUAACAACUUUUUAAAAUCACAUAUUGACAUGCUAUUCCAUUAUCUGACUUUUCCUACAUUAUCCCUUACUGCAAAUAGAAAUAUACUCAGACAACUCACUGUUGAUAUGUCUCGUAUUAACGUCACAUUGGUGCAGAGAAAACUCAUCAUUCAUCCCGACCGUCACUGCUCGAUCUCCAUUCCCCUGUGACUCAAAAUGUAACAAGCCUUUAAAUGAAACGCGUUAUUGUUGCCUUAUUUUUUUAACUGCUCAUUUCCUGUUAUGGAGUCUGCUGCCAAAACUACGCCCUCUGUUUUUACUCUAACGCAGUCGAUCAUACCUUGCACACUGCACGACCUCGGUGUGAUAUCUUGUUAACUCUGGUGUAGAAUAGCAUUGUUGAGAGAAUGUCUCCGAGAGACAGGACAUUGUAAGAUGAAUGUACAUUCUGUCCUCGUGUUAGUAUCACCCCUCCGCUGUUUAUACAACAGUGCGCCUGCUCCGGGACUGUUUGACUUCAGAGAUAUAUACCAGAUAAAAACGGUUAGUUUGUGCUUUUUCAGUUCACAUUCUUCCCUCCAUGAAAAUGUAUGUUACAGAAUGUUUAUGUGGCAUUUGUACUUGUUUUUGUUGACUUUAAUAAAACUGUAAAGAAAAAAAUUCAGAAAUUUUAAAAAUGUAAAUCAAAAAGGUAACAUUAAAAUGAUAAAUGAUC